CAUAUCUACAGAAAAGCUGAUGUUCCUUCCCAUUUCUUCCCGGAGUUCCGUCGUGAAUAGAUUCAGACAUAGUGCAAUGGGAAACGGGUCUUCGUAGAGCCAGGAGUUGAUCUCUGUUUCCAAUCAUACUUUCUGUUCAGACAAUGGCUACCCGUCCCUCGGAAGUACGCCGGAAAGAUAUCAAACGCGGGUGUACCACAACUCUUCAAAACAAAGAAGCAAAGCAAAAGCGAUCCAUGACUGAGAAAAUGACAGUGAACGAUAGAUCAACGAGUGCCAGCUGUUGGACCCUGCCAAUGAUGUGUAAAUACAUCGACUUCAGGAGAGAUGUGUUUCGUUGGUGGAGGCUUGACCACGUCGAAAAGGACUGGUCUACUUUUAAAAAGAACAGCAUAAAGUCUAUGCAAAAUUACUACACCGGCAUCAGCAGGAUUACUAUUGACAAAAGUACCCGAAGUAUGACUGAAGCGGAUGUUAAGCACGUCGUCUUCGGAAUGAUGAGUCCCCUGCUGGAAGAGCUUGGAUUGACGAUGAACGCCGAAGAGACGAUUGAUAUGAGCUGCCUGCCAUCCUGCAGGCUUGAUUACGUUUUGAAAGUUGGUGGCAUUCCUGUCGGCGCCAUCGAAGUUAAAUGCGCGGGCUCCUUCGACGAGAAUGCCUACGCCCAGGCAGUUAUUCAGCUGGUUGUCCUGCAGCAAUGGGCGUAUAAGAAGGGUCUUCAUUUCGAUGUGGAUAUGAUUGAAUAUAAAUCCAGAAGUGAAUGAAUACACAUGGCGGGCGUUUCUCUCCCCACUGAAGGAGAGGAAGAGGAAAAGAAAGAAGGCUGCUGGUGGAUUUGUGGAUGGCACAAUUGAAGGACCAACAUCCCUGUCACGAACAUUCGCCACAAAACUUGGUGAUAUUUAUUAUUUGAAACCAAAGGCACGAAUAUCAGAGGGAGUGACACAAUCAAACAAGAAAAACAAAGAGAGAACGGCACCAGUGACAUCAGAGGAUGGAUUACUAAAAACUUUUGAAAUUAGAUGACGACAAAACUGAACACACGAUCAUGGGAACCAAGGCCCAAGUUCCCACAACAGCACUAAGAGUAGGAGCAGGCACUGUUCACUCAGUCAUUCAAGUCAAGAACCUGGGGGUUAAGUUCUCCAACAAAAUGUAAACAGAGCUACAAGCACUUUCGUUAGAAUAGCAACGGUUCCCUUUCACAGAAUUUGAGUCAUACUGAGUUAUCUAUGCACAUUAUUACUCGGCAUUGUGUAUUCAAAAUGAUUUUAACUUUGGUAUUUAUGGAGUUUCAACACACAGUCAUGUAUGUUUCAGUAUUUUCAAUUGCGACCUUGUGUUGUUCAUACUCUUGGAUUGUCACAAAAAGAAUGUUUAAUUUAAUAGGGAAGCCUUUUAGGGCCAUGCUUUUAUUAUUUUUCUUGAAAUGUCAAGAUACUAGGUUGAAAUUACAAGAUAGAUAUUUAAUUGAAAGUUCAAGAAACUGAUCUUAAACUGUCAAGAGAAGAAGUUGAAAUUUCAACUUGAUAUCUUGAAAAAAUGUCCCUAAAAGGCUUCCGUAGUUAAGCUCAUUUAGCUUCUAUGUGUCUUCACAUAAUGAGAUUAUAUUUCGAUUAACUCAGGGUCUGUCUUUAUGGACAUGUAAUGCUACUGACUGCAUAUCAGGUGAGCUCCAGUAACUAUAGUAACGUUUUUCCGGCAAUACAGACCCUGUAAAUAAUUAUUCUUAUUGUGAAAGGAACAUUAUUGUUAUUGUCUUAGAGCAUCCGGUGUUUUAUAUUAAGCUGGUUGUGAAAACAGGACGCCGGCAAGAGCAUCCGGAGUUAUAUUUUGCUAUUUUUGAUAACAGUACGCCAGUAAGAGCACCCGGACUGAUAUAUUGGGCUAGUUGUGAUAACAGGACCCUAUAUCAGCACCCGGUGUCUUAUAGUAAUCUAAUUAUCAUAACAGGAUCAUGUAUUUACCACUAUGUAAGGACCCUGUAUCAGCACCCGGUGUCUUAUAGUAAUCUAAUUAUCAUAACAGGAUCACGUAUUUACCACUAUGUAAGGACCCUGUAUCAGCACCCGGUGUCUUAUAGUGAUCUAAUUAUCAUAACAGGAUCAUGUAUUUACCACUAUGUAAGGACCCUGUAUCAGCACCCGGUGUCUUAUAGUAAUCUAAUUAUCAUAACAGGAUCAUGUAUUUACCACUAUGUAAGGACCCUGUAUCAGCACCCGGUGUCUUAUAGUAAUCUCAUUAUCAUAACAGGAUCAUGUAUUUAUCACUAUAUAAGGACCCUGUAUCAGCACCCGGUGUCUUGUAGUAAUCUAAUGAUCAUAACAUGAUCACGUAUUUACCACUAUGUAAGGACCCUGUAUCAGCACCCGGUGUCUUAUAGUGAUCUAAUUAUCAUAACAGGAUCAUGUAUUUACCACUAUGUAAGGACCCUGUAUCAGCACCCGGUGUCUUAUAGUGAUCUAAUUAUCAUAACAGGAUCAUGUAUUUACCACUAUGUAAGGACCCUGUAUCAGCACCCGGUGUCUUAUAGUGAUCUAAUUAUCAUAACAGGAUCACGUAUUUACCACUAUGUAAGGACCCUGUAUCAGCACCCGGUGUCUUAUAGUGAUCUAAUUAUCAUAACAGGAUCAUGUAUUUACCACUAUGUAAGGACCCUGUAUCAGCACCCGGUGUCUUAUAGUGAUCUAAUUAUCAUAACAGGAUCAUGUAUUUACCACUAUGUAAGGACCCUGUAUCAGCACCCGGUGUCUUAUAGUAAUCUAAUUAUCAUAACAGGAUCAUGUAUUUACCACUUAGUCUAUGUAAGGACCCUGUAUCAGUACCCGGUGUCUUGUAGUAAUCUAAUGAUCAUAACAGGACCAUGUAUAUAUCACUAUAUAAGGACCCUGUAUCAGCACCCGGUGUCUUAUAGUAAUCUCAUUAUCAUAACAGGAUCAUGUAUUUACCACUUAGUCUAUGUAAGGACCCUGUAUCAGCACCCGGUGUCUUAUAGUAAUCUCAUUAUCAUAACAGGAUCAUGUAUUUAUCACUAUGUAAGGACCCUGUAUCAGCACCCGGUGUCUUAUAGUAAUCUAAUUAUCAUAACAGGAUCAUGUAUUUACCACUUAGUCUAUGUAAGGACCCUGUAUCAGCACCCGGUGUCUUAUAGUAAUCUCAUUAUCAUAACAGGAUCAUGUAUUUAUCACUAUAUAAGGACAUUAUCCGGAGUUUUAUAUUGAUAUUCAAAUGACAACUUAUGACCCUUGUCCAACCUUUGGAACAUAAAGGUACAUGCGGAAAGUCAUAUUUUCACCUUGUCACAAAACGUGUCGAAUCAAACACAAUAGUGCAUACACCACAGAGAAUGGAUUUACUCAUCUCAUGUACUAACUGAACUUCUAACCAACAUUAAUUAUGUUUACAUACCGA